CCCGGCACCCGGGAGCCGCGGGGGAGCCGGGGCGCGGCGCGGGGCACCGACGGCCCCUGAACACCAACUUUCUCCCCCCGCCUGCUUUUUCCCCCCUCUUUUCCGCCCCCCGCACCCAGCUGGUCCCUCACCAGCCGUCAGGGCCUGUCGGGAGCCGGGCGCUGAUUGGCUGCCGCCCGCUCAUUUAUAGCCCGUCAAUCAAAUGCCCCGCGAGAGCUGCGCGUACUGCUCGGCGCUGCCCGCGCCCAGCGCACCGCACCGCACCGCAGGCGCGGCCGCCGCCGCCGCAGCAGCAGCAUUAGCAGCAGCAUUAGCAGCAGCAGCAGUUCGGCAGCGCUGCCUCCGCCCGCCGCGCAGGCGGGAAAACUUCCUCCUCCUCUUGCAGCAGCCGCCCGGACCGGUUCUUUCCCCGUCGUUAUUUUUUUCUUUUUACUUCCUCUCCCCGACGUGGUGCCCGCCUGCCCGCCGCCCUGGCGCACCUCUUGCCGGCCCCGGCCAUGUACAGCAUGCUGGAGACGGAGAUCAAGACGCCGCAGCCCGCGCCGGGCGGCGCCGCCGGGAACCCCGCUCCCGGGAGCAACGGCAAAGGCGGCGGAGGCGGCGGCGCCAGCACCGGAGCGGGGGCCGGCUCGGACCAGGACCGGGUGAAGCGCCCCAUGAACGCCUUCAUGGUGUGGUCGCGGGGACAGCGACGGAAGAUGGCCCAGGAGAACCCCAAAAUGCACAACUCGGAGAUCAGCAAGCGCCUCGGGGCGGACUGGAAGCUGCUGAGCGACGCCGAGAAGCGGCCCUUCAUCGACGAGGCCAAGCGGCUGCGGGCCGUGCACAUGAAGGAGUAUCCGGAUUACAAAUACCGGCCCCGUAGGAAGACCAAGACCUUGCUGAAGAAGGACAAAUACUCCCUGCCCGGCAACCUGCUGGCCCCCGGGGGGGCCAACGCGGUGAGCAGCCCCGUCGGGGUGGGGCAGAGGAUUGACACUUAUGCCCACAUGAACGGCUGGACCAACGGGGCUUACUCCCUCAUGCAGGACCAGCUGGGCUACAGCCAGCACCCGGGCAUGAACAGCCCGCAGCUGCAGCAGAUGCACCGCUACGACAUGGGCGGCCUGCAGUACAGCCCCAUGAUGUCCACGGCGCAGACCUACAUGAACGCCGCGUCCACCUACAGCAUGUCCCCGGCCGCCUACGGCCAGCAGCCCUCCACGGCCAUGAGCCUGGGCUCCAUGGGCUCCGUGGUGAAGUCCGAGCCCAGCUCGCCGCCGCCGGCCAUCACCUCGCACUCGCAGAGGGCCUGCCUGGGAGACCUGCGGGAUAUGAUCAGCAUGUAUCUCCCCCCGGGGGGCGAUGCCACAGACCCUUCCGCCCUGCAGGGCAGCAGGUUACACAGUGUCCACCAGCACUACCAGAGCGCCGGGACUGGCGUCAAUGGUACCGUGCCAUUAACUCACAUAUAGCGCUGGGCGGCUCCGGACGGCUCCCGUCUCCAUCCCCAACCCCAACCCCCCGGCGCGACCGGGGCGUACGGCAGCGCCGCUCGGCUUAGCAGACUUGAGACUAACUCUGAAGAAAUUUUAAAAGGAAAUCCGUUAGAUGUGUCCUUUUUGUACGGAAAGAGAGAAAAUAUUUGAGCAAGCUGUUAUUUUAAUAGAGCACAACUCCUGCCUCCUAGAAGCCCCUGUGAAGUUUUUAAGCCACGGCAACUUCUUUUCUGGUUUCCACUAGGUUGGGCGCUAUGUUUUAUUCGCUUGAAAGUUUUAAAAAGGUCUUGCAUCUUCCAGUUUGAUUUUUAGCGCUGCAAUGAAAAACGGCGGGCUUUUGUUUUUAAACUCAGUUGUUCAGUUGUUUACAUUUUCGUUGUGGUUUCUUAAAAAUGUUGUGUUCUUCCCACCCUAUUGAGUCUCGCUUGGUUUCUAUCCAAAAUCUGUAGUUUUCACGACUUUUUAACUUUAGGGGUUUGUUCCUUAAAAGGGGGGAGGGAAGAGAGCUGUGCGGGUCGCAAACGCAUUUCUUUUAUUUAUAGUAAGUUGUGUGUCUGGGGUUUUUCUUAAGCUGUAAACUUAUGUAAAUCGGUUUGUGAAUUUUACUGUGAACCAUGUUUUGACAUAUCAGAUGAAGAAACGUUUUAGUUUGUUUACCGGAUUUUCUUCCAGAAAAAAAAAAGUGAAGUUAUCGGAACUCCUCUUCCUCCCCCCUCCUCUUCCUACUCCUCGUUUUCUUCCGUACUCUAAACGAAGAGAGAUCAAUAAAUUUUAUAUGAGGCACUGGGGGCGUCUGGGGGCGGUUUGUGCGGGGCCGGCGGCGGCGGCGGGGCCCGGCGCGGCCCUGCAGUGGCGGCCGCCGCGCUCCGCUCCGCGCCGAGCCGGGAAGCCGCAACCCGCCCGUCGCUUUUCGGCCGGGUUUCUGCCGGCAUCGCCUCGUGGUGCUGCUUUCGGAGGAAAUGGGAGAAACGGGGGCACCUUCGAGCUGACUUUCUUCUGGCAAAGCAAAGGGGAGCCGGGCUGGGGAGCGCCGGGGCUGCGGAUGCGCCGCGGUGCCGGCGCCACUUGUUGCCUCCCAGCCGGCGGGGAGGGAAGCGGCUGAACGCGCCUCGAAACUGGGCCCCGGAGGAUGUGCCUGGAGCCCGAGCUCCGCUGAAAUAUUUACCGAAGUAAAAGCCGCCGGGGAACUCUUAAUUAGACUCUAUUAAAAAUGAAUGGUUACAGGAGUCCCCAGAGGAAAUAAAUAAUUCAAUCUUUUCA